AUGCACCGAUAUAACUGUUCCAUCUGUCCAUUCCCAUAUUGGUCUAACAGUUCCAGUACCUUCACCCACUUAAACUGGGGCUUCUUCUGGUACGAGUGCAAGGAGGUGUGGAUCGAAGGGCUGCGCAGCUACCUGCUCGACUGGUGGAACUUCCUGGACAUCGUCACGCUCAGCAUGUACCUGGCCUCCUUCGUGCUGCGGGUGCUGGUCUCCGUGACGGGCCAGUACCACUGCUGGGACGCCCCCUCCUCGCCCGAGUGCUACUACUUCACCAAAGCUGCGUGGGACAGGCAGUCUGCUGACCCCUCUCACCUGCCCCCACUGUGCCCAGGGCACCAUGAGUGGCAUGCCGAGGACCCCCAGUUUGUUGCAGAGGUGCUUUUUGCAGUGACCAGCAUGCUGAGCUUCACCCGUCUGGCUUAUAUCCUGCCAGCCCAGGAGUCACUGGGGACCCUGCAGAUCUGCAUUGGGAAGAUGAUCGAUGACAUGAUCUGGUUCAUGUUCAUCCUGAUGAUCAUCCUCACUGCUUUCCUGUGUGGGCUCAACAACAUCUACGUGCACUACCAGGAGUCCGAGCGGCUGGGCAACUUCAAUGAGACGUUCCCGUUCCUGUUCUGGACCAUGUUCGGCAUGGGAGAACACCGUGUGGUGGACAUGCCCCGGUUCCUUGUGGCCCAGUUUGUGGGCUGGGCACUUUACGGCAUCUUCACCAUCGUUGUGGUCAUUGUCCUCCUCAACAUGCUCAUCGCUAUGAUCACCAACUCCUUCCAGAAGAUCGAGCUCAGCCCUGACGAUGCCGACGUGGAGUGGAAGUUUGCCCGCUCCAAGCUCUACCUGUCCUACUUCCGGGAGGGCCUGACACUGCCUGUGCCCUUCAACGUCAUUCCAACCCCCAAGUCCCUCUUCUACAUGGUCAGGGGCAUCUUCCAGUUCAUUUGCUGCUGCAAAGCCAAGAAGCAGCAGGACUGUCCCUCGAUCCCCACCAUUGCUACCUCAGCCCUGGACGACACCAUCCUGCAGGGAGAGAGCCGUGGCUCCUACAGGCUGCAGGUGCUCAAGGCCUUGGUGCAGCGCUACAUCGACACAGCCAGGCGGGAGUUUGAAGAGAGCAGGAGGAAAGACCUGGGGAACCGCAUCACGGAGCUGAACAAGUCCGUGCUACACCUGCAUACAGAGGUGGAGCACCUGAAGAAUGGGCUGGCUGCCAGCCGCACCCCCGCCAGCUCCCCAGCCGCGGCCAGCAUGCUGCACGGCUACAUCCGCAGAGUCCGUGACACCCUCCACAAGCUCAACCAGGAUGCGCCUGGCUCUGGGGAGGCCUCGCCUGUCAAGGUGAUGGUGCACCAGGACGGGGCUCCCAGCACCGGGGGCACCUGCCCCGAGGACACAACACUGCCUGGGGAGGACAGACAAGCAGCAGAGCCAGCGUUUCCGGCUCCCUUCCAGCAGGAGGAUGGGGGAAGCUGA